CGGUAUCUUUUUCAGAUCAUUUUUAUAAAUUCAAAAUAUGAAAAAUUCUUAACAGUAUAAAGGAAAAUUUUUUAUAUACGCUAGAUCUGAAAAUUAGCGUGCACUUUGGAAUCAAUCGAAAAUAAACGAAAGGUAAGAAAAACAUUUUCGCACAGUAUUCCUCAGCAGGGACAUUUGUUUGCAAAUACUCUCGAUAGUAUUUCCUUCAAAUGGAGACGGAUGUCCUUACGAUAACGUUCGACGGAUCGUGGGAGGCACGCGCACGGCUAGCUCAACCUUCCCGCUUUUCCGGAAACGGCGGACGUAACCGCUUCCGGAAAAGCGGACCGGUUGAUUGGCCGCGCACGGCGCUUCUUGACGCGCGCAGCACGCGGUACCGUCGCGCGUGUGAAUGUGAACAAGGGGCCCAUUUAGCGUCCGGUCACCGUGGCGACGACGGUGUGGCACGCUGUGUACGACGUGUAACGCUCGACGGUUCGGCCCGCUCGACUCGAGCGAAAGAGAAAGAGAAAGAGAGAGAAGGAGAGAGUACCGCGGCCAACGGUAUAGCGUGAGGUGCGCGACUCGCAUCGCGUGCGAUCCGAAUAGUGUUGCGCUAUUAAUAAGCGUGUUUGCACGUAUCGUUGUUACACGUACGACAUGGGACACGCGUUCGUCUGUUUCCGCUACUGCCUGGUUGCCGGCGCGAUCCUCCUUGGCAUUUCCGGCGCGGUUAUGAGCGUGUUCGCCGGUUUCUUCAUCUAUCAGCUGCAUGAAUACGCGCCGCUUACACCCAACUACGUGUGCGGGUCAUCCGCAACUUUGCUGGCGAUGGGCGUUAUCACAUGCGGGAUCGGCUGGUUUGCCUGGCAAUUCCUGGACUUUUCCAACAGAGGACAAGUGAUUAUUUUUGCUGUAGCACUGGCGAUCUUGGUGCUCAUUGAAACUAGUGUUGGGAUUUGGUCCCUGGUACGACAUGAGCAGAUAGACACUCUGUCACCCGAGCGACACAAAGAGAUCUUUGCCCUUGCAAUCGGGGAUGAUAAGCCCAUCUGGGAUCACAUGCAGUCCACGUUACAAUGCUGUGGAAUAGAUGGGCCUUCCGAUUAUCGUGGUGUGAACGCGAUUCCUUGGUCCUGCUGCAAUAAAAAGAUGAAUCACGAGAACGACACCGGGGGUGUUUGCAACGUUAUCAGCAAACGCGGAUGUCAGCACGUCGUAUUAAAUCGGACGAGAUCGAUUCUCCUUCACGUUUUUCUGCUCGCUCUAGGCUCCGUGCUGCUGCAGAUUUCCUUCAUAGCGUGCACGACUUGUUACGUCAGGAUCUAUAAAGACAAAAUGGAAAGGAGGACAUCGGAGGUAGUGACGCGCAUGUCUAUGCAAGAUGUAAAAGAAAUGGAUACUAGAAACAAGCUUUUGAUGCGUCAAUCAAAACAUUUGCACAAUUCUGGCGAUCCCUAGCAAAUGCUGGAUAUCACGAAGGAUAGAGAUGCAUGUUACUCAAGGACGUUGCGCCAUUGUGAUAUGCGAAAUACAUUUCGUGUGGUAACAAUAUCAACGGUGUACAGAUACCCUAAUGAUAUGGAUAUCGUUCCUGCUAUACGGGGUAUUCCAGACCGAUCGAGAAAUACUUCGGCAAAUACUUCUGCUGAUUUUUCUUCGUGUUCUGGUCACUUGAACUGCUUAGUAAAUAAAUCUCAAUAUUUUUGAUUAAUAUUUUGAAAAAGAAACAUUUUAAUUUACAAUGACAUUUUUUUUUUAAAGAUAUCUCAUUGUCUUUCUCAAUUAGAUUUAAGACUGAAGAAUGUUAAAUUCGUUUAGAAGAGAAUUCUGUCUUUAAGAUAUUUUUUAAUCUUGCUUGAAUAUCCUGUAUAAAGAAAAAAAAACGACAAUAUUCUGAAAGAUGCCUGAACAGUUUGCAUCUUAUUCUUACUGCCAUUUCACAAAUAAAUAGGUGAAUUUUUACUAGAUUCUAUGACGACAUUUCUGUCUUAAUGCAGUUUUAGUUCCUAGCAACGCCAAGAGUUAUGAUUUAGUUAAAAAAAUACCGCUUUUUAUUAUUUUAGCAAACAUGGUAUCAAAAUGUUUGCAUUUUUGAGGCUUUUAUAGACAAUUUAGUUUUUGUACUUAACAUAUUUUUUAGUAUAGUAGUCAUAAAUAGGCAAUCAAUGCACAGUGCAAUGCUUCAAUCAAUCAGCGACACAACUAACAAAGUAUGGAAUAACAUGGGCAUCCAAUAUGAAUGUGUCUUUUAUAUUUUGCAUUAUUCAGAAAUGUUUGGAUGAAUAGUAUAGAUUUUAAGUAUAGAUUUGAACGAUUAGUAUGAACUUAGAUUUUAAGAAUUUUAACAGAAUUACUUGUUCUUAAUUGGACGAGUCAAAGUAAGCAAUGAAAUCAACAUAAUCGUUAAUUGUGAAUGCAGUUUUUUUCUACAUAUAUAUAUAUAUCGUUUUUUAAUUUAUAUUUUGUUUUUGCUGAUUUUCCAUUCGUAUUUUGUUCGUUCGCAAUAUUAUAUAUCUUUUAUGAUCUAGAAAUCACAAGAUAUUGAAAAUGAAAACUAUUUUUUACAAGAAGCGUGAUUGUGUGUCUGGUUUUUGUGGCAGCUUUUAUAAAAGAAAAGUAUGUUUAAAUUUGUGUUA